GAAAGUGAGAAAAGUGUGUGAAGAGUGAAAUACACUAAGUGUAGAAGUGUAUUGGUGAGGAUUGGUUUUUUGUAAUAGUUGAGUGUGAGAGUUUGCUCCUCCUAUUGUAAUUCUGUUCUUGAUAUUGAAUAGAAGAAUUUUCCAAUCCCAACAAGUGGUAUCAGAGCGAGGUUGAGUUUUCAUACACUGUUUUCUCAUUUUCAGAUAAAUUUCUACAGGUUAGAAAAUCGUGAUUUUUCAAGUUGCUCGGAAUCACGAUCUGAUCGUACCGUUAGAUUCGUCUCGUCGAGACGAGAAAUCUGGUAUUUUUGGGGAAUUUUUUGGCCACCGGAAGAGGCCGUACGCGCCGCCCAAACGCGCCGGAGAACUGCCUGCGUCAUCACGCAGUCCAGAGGAAGAAGACGAGCCACGUCAGCGCCACGUCAUCCGCCACGUCAGCGCCAGCGCAGAGCCAGCUGUUGCCACGUCAUCCGCCUGCUGGUCUGCUCACUGGGCUGCUGCCUGAACCGGACCGAACCGGUUCGUACUUGUGGAGGCCGGUUCACCCAUUUUCAGACCGGUUUUGGACGAGGUCAGACCGGUUCCUGCCAUUUUCGGCCAUUCCGGAUCCAACGGUGAGCUCCGUUUGUCCAAAUUCAGCUUCGAAAAUAAGGUACGGGAUAUUUUUGAGCGUUUUAUUAUGGAUAAAUCAUCAUCGGACACCAUGAUUGCGCUCAUUUCCACAAAUUACAAUAUGUGGAAGCCUCGGAUGGAGGAUUUGCUAAAUUUGAGGGAUUUAGCCGAUCCUCUUGAUAAUAAUGGCGUGAAACCGGAUAAAAAGACGGAUGAAGAAUGGACAAAAAUGAAUAGAAAAACUGUCGCACAAAUUCGGCAGUGGAUCGAUCAUAGUGUGUUCCACCAUGUUGCGCAAGAACAAAGUGCUUACACACUAUGGGAGAAGCUUGGUAGCAUGUAUCAAGCAAAAACCGCCCGAAAUAAGACAUUACUAAUGAGGAGAUUAGUAAACCACAAGUUACGAGGAGGUAUUUCGGUGUCAGAACACACCAGUCAAUUCCAGGAUCUUGUGAAUCAGUUGAGCACCACAGGAUGGGUUCUCAAAGAUGAAGAGCAGGCGAUACUACUCUUGAGCUCUCUACCUGACAGCUGGGAGACUCUUGUUGUCACUCUCAGCAAUUAUGCUCCCAAUGGCAAAGUGACUAUGCAGAUGGUCACAGAUGCCCUUAUGAUUUUUUUUUUUUUUAUCCCGGAAGGCAAACCACCGCAUCCAGUGGGGUAAAUGCCGGGGGUCAUUUACCAUAUUUUAUUAAGCAGCAAGAGAAUACAUGACCAAAGUGGUUAAAAAAUUGGGGGGGCUAGACCUUACCCAAUAUAAUAAAAUAUUAACUGAA